UCUGUUUGUUUACGUGUUAGUGAGAAGCUACAAGCCUACCAACUAAUUCUCUAAAUCCCUAUGGAAUCUUUUCCUUCUUCAGGUAAGAUAUAUAUAGUUGCCCGCCAUGGAUUCGGUUAGAGGACAAGGAGGCAUCCAGAUGUUGCUAACAGCAGAACAGGAUGCUCAACAAAUUGUGAACAAUGCUAGAAACUCGAAGAUGGCACGCUUGAGACAAGCUAAAGAAGAAGCUGAUAGGGAAGUGCAACUCUAUCGCAUGAAUAUGGAGGCUGAGCACCAAAAGAAAAUUGCAGAUACAAGUGGGAGUUCAGGAUCCAAUGUGAAAAGGCUCGAAGAGGAAACUGAUACGAAAAUUAAGAACUUGAAGGAGUCAGCCUCAAAGGUCCAAUCGGAUAUCGUUGGCAUGCUUAUUAAGUAUGUCACAACUGUUAAAAUUUGA